GCCUGGCACCGACCGCCUGGCACCGACCGGCCAGAAGCUGAGGAGACCGACCGACCGACUGACCGGCGGCCCUUGAGCUCCAGUUUCGGGCAGGGUCUGCCUCCCGCCAGCCUCUCUGAGGGGCGAAGGAGGAGCGAAGGCGGGGCGGUCCCGGAGCGCGCAGGGGAAAGAAAGAAAAAAAAAAGAAAAGUUUUGCCCGGAGUUUGUGCAGGCGGUGAAGGCGAGGCCAGACGAGGCGCGGGCACCUUCCAGGAUGGACGCCCUCAAAUCCGCCGGGAGGGCCAUCAUCCGCAGCCCCAGCAUCGCCAAGCAGAGCUGGGCCAGCGGCCGGCACAAGAAACUCCCGGAGAACUGGACGGACACCCGAGAGACCUUGCUGGAGGGAAUGCUCUUCAGCCUGAAAUACCUGGGCAUGACAUUGGUUGAGCAGCCCAAAGGAGAAGAAUUAUCUGCUACGGCUGUCAAAAGGAUUGUGGCAACGGCAAAGGCCAGUGGGAGAAAACUCCGAAAAGUGACUCUGAAAGUAUCACCCAGAGGAAUCGUUCUCAGUGACAGCAUAACAAAUGAAUCAAUUGAAAACGUGUCAAUAUACAGGAUAUCCUACUGUACAGCAGACAAAGUACACGACAAAGUAUUUGCCUACAUUGCCCAGAGUCAGCACAACGAGAACCUGGAAUGCCACGCUUUCCUCUGUUCCAAGAAAAAAAUGGCUCAAGCCGUCACACUUACGGUUGCUCAGGCUUUCAAGGUAGCAUUUGAAUUUUGGCAGGCAUCCAAGGAAGAGAAGGAGAAGAGGGACAAGGCCAUCUUGGAAGGAGAAACUGCCAGCAGCCUAAAUUCAGAUACUUCUUCCCCCAAAGCACCAGCCACUGUAGAAAACCUGCUAGACUUAGAAAAUGUAACCAGAACUCCUUUGAACACAAAUUCGGCGCAUGUGGAUGGCCGAAUCUUUGGGUCCCCCUCGUCAGAAAACAACAACGUGUGGGCAAUGAAUGAUGAACUGGAUGAAGCGUUUUCAAGGCUGGCACAAUCCCGAACCAACCCACAAGUCCUUGACAUCAGCCUGACACCUCAAGACAUCCAAAGUGCUCAAAUCCUCUCGCCGGUUGACUGGGACAAAGUAGAUUCCACGAUGGAGACCGAAAAAGAUGGCCAACUCUUUGAGUUUUGACCUCUUUAUUUUUUUCCCCCUUGUUAAGCUUUUUUUCUCCUCAAGUAAGAUAACCUCUAAGAACUUGAUGCACUGUAUUCUGCUGGCUGUAACUGGAAAGGGUUAAUUAAAAGAGAAGAGGCCCCCAAAGCCUUGAUUUGGUUUAGAUAGGAGUCAUGUUGACGCCCUUCAACUUUUGACCAAAGUUUUACUUCAGCUUUUCCCCUUAAGUGUCUUCCAGAUAUAUUAGGACUAUAGGAUGCAUUAUCUGGUGGAUUCCAGAUUGGGGCGGUUGUUUGAGAUAUUUUAAUACAGCUUUUUAUGUAUGACCUUUUUGGGUCUUUGCUUUUAUAGAGAUGACAAGGUGCUCCUUGAAUAGAUUUAUUCAAGACUCUUUCAGAUUUGCAUCUGUUAUGGAGAUGAUGUAGCAUCAUGUAGCUUAACAUUAUACAUUUGACAGUUUCCCUCUUGGGAUUGCAUGUGGUAAGCAGUCGUGACAGUUGUGUUUCGUGAAGGACGCAGGAUCUCCUUAGCAAUAUCAGAACUUUCAGAUAUUUUUAUUUUGGAAGAGCUGAACUGGCUGGAGUGGACUGGAGAAAUAAUGUUGGGCUCCUUAGGAUAGAGCUGAUAGUAGCUACCCAUCUAUUAGACGUGGCAAAGCUAAAGAAGGAUCUUGACUGGAUUCAAGAACGAAGUCAUUCAAACCAUUUGAAUGUCCUUGGUCAGCAUCAGAGUGAGUCUCUUCUUACAUCCUUCGUAGUUCAAACCCAUCACUUCUGUUUCCUGCUGCUUCUGCAUCUUAACAGUCACCUUGCUUUUAUAUUUCUCAGCCAUAAUAUUAGGUAGCAGCUAAUUGUUACCUUGAGCAAUUCUGACUUUUAGCUUACUUCACAUAAGUGGGAUGCUACGAGCUUUGGACAUUGUCCUAUAAAAGAUAGGGAAGUGAUAACCUUCUCAUUUGGAACCAACAGUUCCUGGCAUCCUAAUCCAGUUGGUGGCAUCCCAUAGCAGCUGAGAAUCUAGGACCUCGCAGGAUAAUUUCUGACCAAAGGCUGAAGGCAACCACCCAAACAUAAGGAUCAUGGGCUCCAGAAAAUGGAACCAAACUGAGCUUUGUUCAGGUAGUGUUGGUGGAGCUGUGGAUGUGACAGGUUGGAGUAAUGAACACUCUUCCUUAUCUCAACAUGUCUGAUAACAAUCCCUUCCCCAGGUCAGCUUCUGGUCUUGUUUCAUUAUAUUUCUUCCAGUAAAAGGUAAAAGAUUUCUCUGUCGGUCUUGUCUGACUUUAGGGCACAGUGCUCAUCUCAGUUUCUUGGCCAAGGGAGCUAGCUUUGUCCAAUGACGAUUUCUGUGAUCAUGUGGCCAGCAUAGCUACAUCCCAAAGGCAGACGGAACACUGUUACCUUCCCACCAAAGUGAAUGGAGCACUUUCACCUUAGCAAUAGAAGUUAUGGUACCAAGGACUCCAUUCUUACAAUUAUCAGCAGGGUUUUUCUAAUGGAGUAAUUUAGAUAAUCAGAGUUGGAAGGGACCUUGUAGGUCAUCUAGUCCAACCCCCCACCCAAGCAGGAGACCCUACACCGUUUCUGACAAAUGGCAGUCCA